CAAAAAGAGUAUGAGAAUCUUUUAUCGUCUCGUCUAUAUGUUCUCUUAGUAAGAGGAACUAUUUCACUGGGACAAGUGCCACGCUAUAAUACCAAAUUGCCACUUUCCAUGUCUCCUCUCCUCCCUUGAAUGCACCAACAAUCAACAGAAACAAGAGGAAAAAAAAUUCUGAAAUGUAUUUUGAUUCCUCUCCAUUGAUUAUCUCUGGCUCAACUAGCCGGUUUUGCAAUCUACUCGUACUAUAAAUACAUACCUAAACUUUUCCUUUUGCUUCCUUCUCUUCAAAGAAAUCUAGAAAGCAAAUAAUUUUCCCGCCCUUUCUCUCUUGCAGAUUCCCUGACAUCUUUCUUUCCCUCUUGCUAUCUCGGUCGACUUGAUCAUCAUUUUUGUCUUCUCUUCCUUGUUCGACAAUCUUUCAUUUAGAUUCUUCGUGUUUGACCGCUUUUCAAUGAUUUUCACUGUUUCUUUCAAACAAUAGGAAUCCCUAUUGUAUAAAAUCGAUCUCUUGAAAUUUAUUUUCCUUGAUAUUUUUGUCAACUUCUCUGUUUCAAAUUCAAUUUCCCAUCUGGGCUUUUGCUUUUUUCUCCUGUGGCCUAAUUCGUGGGAAAAAGAUUAGAUUUUUCAUCUUUUCAGGUUUCUCUUCGAAUCCUUGAAAAAUGGAUCUUUUUUAGAUUCUUCAGUUUAUGCUGUUAAGAAAAGUAGAUUCUUGAUUCUCUGUACAUAAUUCUGAGAUUUAUUUAAAAACCUCAAUCUUCGCAUAUACUCUCCGUUUCCUUUCUUCUUCUCCCUGCUCUACAUCUCUCGAUUCCAAUCAUAUUCACUUCUCGAUGCAAUACGAACCCGCAAGCAAUCGCUGCAUAUUAAGUGAUGAUAGCUAGGUAUGGAAACUCUAUAUUCAUCUUGGAGCAUGUCGAAUCCAAUUUGUGUUGCCCAAACCACAGAGUGGACCAAGGAUGAGAACAAGAUGUUUGAGAGAGCUUUGGCGAUAUUUGAUGAGCAUGAGCCUGAUAGAUGGCUGAAGGUGGCAGCUAUGAUACCAGGAAAGACAGUUAAUGAUGUGAUCAAGCAAUACAAGAAGCUGGAAGAGGAUGUUUGUGAUAUAGAAGCAGGGAGGGUUCCGGUUCCAGGUUAUCUUAGCUCAUCUUUCACGUCCGAGUUGGUUGAUAAUAGUACUUUUGAUGCGUAUAGGAAGAGGCCUUUGAAUAUCAAGAGUGCUGAUCAGCAGAGAAAGAAAGGUGUGCCAUGGACAGAAGAGGAGCACAGGCGGUUCCUGAUGGGGCUUCUAAAGCAUGGCAAAGGAGACUGGAGGAACAUCUCUCGCAAUUUUGUAGGCUCCAAGACUCCAACUCAAGUGGCAAGCCAUGCACAGAAGUAUUUUAUAAGGCAGCAGCUUUCGGGAGUGAAGGAUAAGAGAAGACCAAGCAUCCAUGACAUCACAACUCUCAAUCUCGCGGGUUCUACUUCUCCAUCAGAUGGUGACAAAGCUUCCUCACUGGAUCAAUCUGACGUGCUAUUACCACAGCAAAAGCCGGCAGGGAUGCAGAAAUUGUUGAUUGACUGGGACGAAUCAAAGGAUGGAUCUGUUAUGACCUUUGGUUCUACUCAUGGAGACUUGUUUGAGUCAUCUCCAUAUGAGAUAUCUUCAAAUGGUCUAACAUUUCAAGGGCAAAAUCUGUAUGCUGGUGCUCGUCACGGGGCUCGUAUCAAGCCCCGUAACUUGGUCUUUCAAUUGUCACCCCCAAGAUUUCAAAUUCAUUGAUAGGGCGGCCGUCUUUGCUGUAUACAUUGAUGGAAAAAAAAAUCUGGUUUAGGGUCAAUCGAAUCUGGAUAGCAGUGCUUUUGCCAUGGUCAUGUGUGGUUGGUUUAAUUAGUAAUUGGAUGCCGGUACAUUUUCUUUAA